ACUCUAUGAAACGUCGUCAUCGUUCGCGCAUGGGGAGGGUAGGGAGUCGUUUUAUCGAGUGGGAGCGAAGCUGGUGUGAAUCAUCUAUCCGAUAUUGCGCCUUAAGCGAAAGAACGAAAUCGAAAGCGAUAUUAGAGAAAAUAUUUCCUAACUAAAGUCGAACGAUAAUCGCUUAUUUGUUUGUUUUUCUAUCGUUUAAUAUAUUGUAUAAAGGCAGGAACUCAAGCGAAGAUUGUUUUCGAAAUGACGUCUUCUCGGCGAUGAACGUUAAUCGGUUUCUGAAAAUCAGACUUGGCAGUCGACAGACAAGGUCAGCCCUGAUUGAGUCAACGUGCCCCAUGUCGUACGAUAUAAAUUAUUGUUCCCCGCGACUCUCGCUUAAUUCGCGCAUUGGCUUCGGACCGACGACGAAACGAUCUCUAUUGACGAGACAAGUAAAAGGUUUUCUUUCGUUGUUGGUGUCAUUUCUGUGGGGCCUGUUUUCGAAGAGCGCAUAGGAGCGGUGCGGUGCGCAUUCGCCGCGAGAAGCGCACUCCUCGGUCCGUGGCAAGAAGGUACUUAUUCAAUUGAGAAGUGCGCUCCCGUCUGACAUAGUUCAGUCGACGACGAACUUACAUCUACUUCGGAAUUUGCAUCUGUUCGACCCGUCGCAGUAGUUCGGUAUUUCGCGUCUUAGCAUAAGCAGUUGGUUCUCUGAUCAAACGAUUAAACGGAAUUUAAGGUGGCCUUCCGCCGUCGUUAUUGAUAUCGAUGACGAUGCCAUGGCAACCGAUCUUUGCGCAAACGGAACUUUAAAAUCGACACCCGUCAGCGUCGUAGAUAACAUUAUGAGGCAACGCAAGUCCGGUGCACUGGAUGCCACGGCGCCGAUAUCGCCGGAGGAGGAGCAGCUCAAAUUUCAAGAUAACAGAUUCCUCACGACUUUGGUACUCGGCAGGAGUAGGAAAAUCUCGCCGGACGUCCUGCCGUCCUGUCCCUCUGGAAUAUUUCGACAAAGAUCCCUUCAUUCGACGACUCCUACUAAAUUAUCCACGUCGACCAGCGAAGAAGAGUCGCAGGCAACGGACUCGCAACGAGUCCUUUCGACCGUCUUAUCGAGCGUUCUUUUCAACAACAAUAACAACAAUAACAACAACAACAACAACAACAAUAGGAAGAAAAGUAGUGGUAGUAGUAGUAUCGUCAGCGGUGGGUUCAGAGCUCAGGCGGCGGCGCGUGCCACUCGGGUCAGUGGUGGUGGAAAACUCGCAGCCGAAAGCGGAGGCGGCGCCUCGUUAUUCCAUAGGGGCGCCAGAGCUGCCAGCAAGCACGCGCGCCUUGGCACGGCACUGGCUAACAAAAUGGCGUCUGCGAGCUCAACCGCGGUCGUGCAAGGCUGGCCGAACACCAAGGACGACUACGAGCUCAAAGAGGUUAUCGGUGUUGGGGCCACUGCGGUAGUUCACGCAGCAUUUUGUAUUCCACGCCAAGAAAAAUGUGCUAUAAAAAGAAUAAAUCUAGAAAAAUGGAAUACCAGUAUGGACGAAUUAUUGAAAGAGAUACAAGCAAUGUCUUCUUGCAACCACGAAAAUGUUGUAACUUAUUAUACGUCAUUUGUCGUAAAAGAAGAACUUUGGCUUGUUCUAAGACUAUUAGAAGGUGGAUCUCUGUUGGAUAUAAUCAAACAUAAAACCAGAACCACCAACUGCAAACAUGGAGUAUUCGAUGAAGCUACAAUAGCUACUGUACUUCGAGAAGUCCUAAAAGGUCUUGAAUAUUUUCACAGCAAUGGUCAAAUACACAGGGACAUAAAAGCGGGUAAUAUCCUACUAGGAGAAGAUGGUACUGUACAGAUAGCUGAUUUUGGUGUCAGUGCUUGGCUCGCUACAGGAAGAGAUCUAAGCAGACAAAAAGUUAGGCAUACUUUUGUUGGAACGCCAUGUUGGAUGGCACCCGAGGUCAUGGAGCAGGUGAGAGAGGACCAUGGUUAUGAUUUUAAAGCAGAUAUUUGGUCGCUCGGUAUCACUGCUAUUGAAAUGGCAAGCGGUACCGCUCCUUACCACAAGUAUCCGCCGAUGAAGGUAUUGAUGCUCACUUUACAAAACGAUCCACCAACUUUAGAUACAGCGGCGGAUGAUAAAGAUCAGUAUAAAGCGUAUGGUAAAACAUUCCGUAAAAUGAUCGUCGAUUGUUUACAAAAGGAUCCAACUAAACGACCAACCGCUACAGAACUUUUGAAACAUCCCUUUUUUAAAAAAGCAAAAGAUAAGAAAUAUUUGCAACAAACAUUAGUUGCUAUAGGCCCAAGUCUCGAAACUAGAGUACAAAAGGCAUCGAAAAGGCAACCAGGUACAUCGGGUCGUUUACACAGAACAGUAACAGGGGAAUGGGUUUGGUCGUCAGAAGAAGAAGAUAGCGCAUCUAGUGGUGAAGAAGGCAAAGAAGCAUUACCAGUUAAUACAAUAGAGAAUGCAAGUAGCGAAGAAGAUCCUGAACAAGACGAAUUUUAUUCUCAAGUUAAAUCGGCACCAAGUCAUGCCGUUAUACAAGCUGCCGAGCAAAAUGUUCCUAUAAAUCUGGUGUUAAGACUACGUAAUCAGAAACGUGAACUAAAUGACAUCAGAUUCGAGUUUGCCGUGGGAGUUGAUUCUGCCGAAGGCAUUGCUGCCGAACUAGUCGGCGCGCUAUUAGUCGACGGAAAAGAUAUCGUGGUUAUAGCAUCAAAUUUACAAAAAUUAAUAGACAGUGCUGGGCAAUUACGGACUGUUACAUUUCCAUUGAUUUCUGGUCAUGCAGCCAACGAAGUACCAGAUGAUAAAGCAUUAAUAGGAUUCGCUCAGAUCUCCAUCACGGAUUAAACAUUUUCGUAGUAUUCUGAAGUCUCAGAAUAAUACUCUUACGUGAUAUAUGAUGCAGAAAGGAUCAAAAGCUAUAGCUGUACCGUUUGAUCAUUCUACAAAAACAUUGUACAGUAUAAACCAUCAGCGGAUUUGUCUGACGCGUAUGGCUCUAGUUUUUGAUAUUUUUGCGAAUAACUCUUUUCAGUUGCUAUGAUUUUUCAGGUAAUUUGAUCACGCAGGACAUAGAACCUACAAGAUAGUACAUCCUAAUCAUAGUACAUACAGUGACAAAGAACCUUUGAAAAAAGUUUUUAUGUCUAUCUUAUGUUCACGUAAAUUAUUAAGACGCAAUCCACACAAUUAUUAUCCACGAAGGCUUGCAAAUUUGACGUAUUCUAAUCCCUAAAAGCUAUAACUUCACGUUAUUCUAGAACGAUUCAUAUUAUUUUAAUUUAUGUAAAUAUUAGCGAUCCAGUUUGUUCGUUGUUUCUCUUAAUUGUUUUAUGUAAAUUUGAAUGAAUUUACGCGCAUUGGAAAUAAUGUAGCAGUUGAAAUAACGAAGAACUCAUUGGGUGAAAUCAGUUGAGGUACUUGAUUGUUUCAUUUGUUUAUUUGAUUUAACUUUCUUCCUUUAUUUAACAAAGGAUAUAUAAGAUGCGCUAUAAUAUAGUGUCAUUAAAGUCAUUAAGUCCUGUACAAAAUACCAAUUAUUACAUUUUAAUUAUCAUAUUUGAUGAAGAAUCAAUGAAAUAUUACACAAAGAUUCAAAAGUACUA